AUGAUUCUAACUACCACAGGUCGUCUUGGUCUUGGUACUACAAGUCCUUCAGCUCCGCUGCACGUCCCUGGCAGCAACAGUUUUGUAUUUGGAGCAGGCGGAACGACAGUGUAUCGCCUCAGAACAGAUAGUGGAGCUACAGAAUCCGCUCUUGGCCCGAUCACAUAUUCAGUAGCGGGUAUAUUCGGAGGAUACAUUGCCUGUACAGCCAUGGCGAUGACGUCGGAUCGACGCCUUAAAAAGAAUAUUCAAUCAUGCCCAAUUGAUCGUGUGAAGCGGCUCUACGAUAGCUGUGAGGUCAAGCUCUAUGACUGGAUCGAGUCGGAAAACAAGCCUGGACAAGAAAUCGGUCUCAUAGCUCAGGAUUUGGUCUCAGCCCAUCUAACUGAUUUGAUAUCGAUCUUUUACAGAGAUGAUAUUGAAGGGGGAGAAGACCCAAGCCUUGAACCAGCUAAGCAACAGCUCAACGUUGAUUACAGUCGAAUAUCGGCUUAUAAUAUGAAGAUGAUUCAGCAUCUUUUGGGUGAGAUAGAUAAAUUAAAAGAUCGUUUGGCUAAUAUAGAGUCAUGA